CGCCGCUGCUGCGGGUGUCCCCGACCCAAGCCCCCGACCGCAGCGCCGCCGCCGCCGUCGUCCCGGAGCGCGGCGACAUGCCCGAGCUGGUGGUGACGGCGCUGCUGGCGCCGUCGCGCCUGGCGCUGCAGCUGCUGCGCGCUUUCACCUGGAGCCUGGUGUACGCGGCGGCGCUGCUGGCGGCGGCCGUGUACGGAGGCAUCGCGCUCGCGCACGUGCUGUGCCGGCCCCGGCGCGGCUGCUGCGGACGCCCCCGGCGCGCGGCCCCCGCCUGUCGAAGCGACCCCGCGCUGGGUGAGCACUGCUUCCUGAGCCUCAAGAGCUCGGGCCUGCGCCUGCACUAUGUCUCCGCUGGACGUGGCAAUGGGCCCCUCAUGCUGUUUCUACACGGCUUCCCCGAGAACUGGUUCUCCUGGCGCUACCAGCUCCGGGAGUUCCAGAACCGCUUCCACGUCGCGGCUGUGGACCUGCGUGGCUACGGCUCCUCGGAUGCGCCACGGAACGUGGACUGCUAUACCACCGAUCUGCUGAUGGCAGACAUCCAGGAUGUCAUCCUGGGCCUGGGUUAUUCCAAGUGCAUCCUCGUGUCCCACGACUGGGGUGCUCUCCUCGCCUGGAAUUUCUCCAUCUAUUACCCUUCCCUGGUCGAGAGGAUGGUUGUGGUCAGCGGUGCCCCCAUGUCGGUGUACCAAGACUACUCUGUGCGCCACAUCGGCCAGCUCUUCCGUUCGAACUACAUGUUCCUGUUCCAACUUCCCUGGCUACCUGAGAAGUUGCUGUCCAUGUCUGACUUCCAGAUCCUGAAGACCACCCUCACCAACCACAAGACAGGCAUUCCACACCUGACCCCCAACGAGCUUGAGGCCUUCCUUUAUGACUUCUCACAGCCUGGUGGCCUCACUGGGCCCCUCAACUAUUACCGGAACCUUUUCAGGAACUUCCCCCUGGAGCCCCAAGAGCUGGCUACACCCACGCUGCUGCUGUGGGGAGAGAAAGAUCCCUACUUGGAGCCGGGGCUGGUGGGAGCCAUCGGCAGCCGCUUUGUGCCAGGCCGGCUGGAGGCCCACAUCCUGCCAGGCGCAGGGCACUGGAUCCCACAGAGCAACCCUCAGGAGAUGCACCAGUACAUGUGGGCCUUCUUGCAAGACCUGCUGGACUAGUGGCCCUCAGGGGACUUGCCAGGUGCACAGGCACACAGACACUUGGGAACAUACCCGCCAUCUGCAUGUGCCUGGAAGUCCAGACAAUGUACGUACAUGAAUGGACUCCUGGAUCACCCACAAGCAUGAGACUCCUAGAUCGCACAAAAAUGUAUCUAUGGGUGCUUCCAGGCACCAACCCCUAUGCUCACACACAGGCGAGGGUAUGUACAUGUGUGAGCAAGCACUUUGACCCUGGGAACUGGUGUGCCUCUCCUCCAUGAAGCCAGUGUCCUACCUACCCCCUCCUGAGGGCCCCACUCUUGCCCAAGUCAGCCCUCCUGGUUGCACAAACCACAGACUGGCCUUCCUGUUUCUGGCUUGCACCUCCAGUC